CUGGUCAUGAUGAGGGAGCUUCUUGCAUUCGCUGUUAUCCUUGUAACUGCUCUUGGUAAAGAGACAUUUGACCGGCAUCAGGUGCUUCGACUUGUUCCAAAGAAUGACACCCACCUGUCUCUUAUCAAGGAGCUGCACAACACGAUGGAGUAUGAGCUUGAUAUCUGGAGGGGAGUGACUGAUGUGGGCUCUCCUGUGGAUAUCAGAGUUCCAGUACAUAAAAUAAAGCUGGUCAAACGUUACCUGGAGACCAAGAACAUAAAGUUCUCCACCAUGAUUAAAGACCUGCAGGUGUUGUUGGAUAAGGAGCAGAAAGUGAUGGAGUCUGCUGCAGCUCGUGUCCCUGACCCCAAACACACUGACAACUUUGACUUUUCCAGGUACCACACCCUCAGUGAGGUUAAUCACAGUUUUCAGGACAUGCUGGUGGCUGAGAAUCCCAACUUGGUCAGCAAGAUAGUGAUAGGUCGGAGCUAUGAGGGCCGGUCCCUUAAUGUACUCAAGUUCAGCACUGGUGGAACCAACCGUCCUGCCAUCUGGAUCGAUACUGGGAUCCACUCCAGAGAGUGGGUCACCCAGGCCAGCGGGACAUGGUUUGCCAAGAAGAUUGUGACUGGUUUUAGAGGGGACCGUGCACUUACCGCCAUCCUCAAUCAGAUGGACAUCUUUCUGGAGAUUGUGACCAACCCUGAUGGAUAUGCCUACACCCACACCACUAACCGUCUGUGGCGUAAAACAAGGAAGCCUAAUCCUGGCUCCAGAUGUGUGGGUGUUGAUCCCAACAGGAAUUGGAAUGCUGGAUUUGGAGGACCUGGUUCCAGCAGCGACCCCUGUUCACAGACCUAUAGUGGACCCAGACCUGAGUCUGAGUCUGAGGUCAAAUCCAUUGUGAACUUUGUGAAUUCUCACAACAUUAAGGCCUUCAUCUCCAUCCACUCCUAUUCCCAGUUGCUCAUGUAUCCCUAUGGCUACACCAGGACUCCCAUCAAGGACCAGACUGAGCUGGACAACCUAGCACGACAGGCCAUCACUGACCUGGCCUCUCUGUAUGGUACUAGAUACAGAUUUGGCAGCAUCAUCAAAACCAUCUACCAAGCAAGUGGUGGGAGCAUUGACUGGGCCUAUAACAAGGGCAUCAAGUACUCCUACACCUUUGAGCUGAGGGACACCGGCCGCUACGGCUUCAUCUUGCCUGCCAAUCAGAUCAUCCCCACUGCUGAGGAGACAUGGCUGGCUCUGAUGACCAUCAUGGAUUACACGCUCAAGAACCCAUACUGAUCUGUGUGACUCAUGUAUGAAAGUGUGGGGAAUGUAACCACUUAAGCGUCAUCUUCAAGACUAAAAUCACACAUGUCAAAUUCAGUGGAUUUUUAGACAUUGUGAAAAUCACAAAGAAAUAAAUGAGCAUG